AUGUCAAAUCCUCAUGUGGCCUUUUCGUAUCUUACGCUCGCAUUGAUAACUUGGGUGCUUAUACUUUCUGCCUCAAUCCACAAAAUUGAAGAAGGGCACGUUGGUGUCUAUUAUCGUGGCGGCGCCCUGUUAAAAGAGACAAGUCCACCUGGCUUUCAUCUCAUGAUUCCACUCAUUACCACCUUUAAGGCUGUUCAGACCACUCUUCAAACUGAUGAGGUCAAAAACGUACCCUGUGGAACGAGUGGUGGUGUUGUAAUCUACUUUGACAGAAUUGAGGUGGUUAAUUUGCUUUCAGCGGAAAGCGCCUACGAAAUAGUGAAGAACUACAGUGCUGAAUAUGAUAAAACUCUAAUCUACAACAAGGUUCAUCACGAGCUGAACCAGUUUUGCAGCAGUCACACCCUUCAGGAGGUGUAUAUCGACCUCUUUGACCAGAUUGACGAAAACCUAAAGAAAGCACUUCAGGAGGAUCUCAACGUGAUGGCGCCUGGCCUCUUCAUUCAGGCGGUGCGUGUAACCAAACCCAAGAUCCCCGAGAACAUCCGACGCAACUACGAGUCCAUGGAGGCUGAGAAGACGAAGCUACUGAUCGCCGAGCAGCGCCAGCGUGUUGUAGAGAAGGAAGCCGAAACAGAGCGUCGAAGAGCUGUCAUUGAAGCGGAACAGGCCGCAGAGGUGGCAGCCAUUGAGUGGCGCAUGCGAUUGUCGGCGAAGGAGAACGAGCAAGCAAUCGCUGCCAUCGAGGAUGGCAUUCGAGCGUCAAGGGCACGUGCAGAUGCAGAUGCCGAGUUCUACCGAGCCUCAAGACAGGCAGAGGCCGAUGCGCUGCGCUUGACACCGCGGUAUUUGGAGCUAGAACGCUACCGGGCAAUGGCGAAUAACGCCAAGGUCUACUUUGCGUCACUCAGUGGGCAAAAUCCGUUCCUCCCGUCUCCCACUGAAAGUCCUCCAGCCGCGAAGUCUAAUAGUGACCCCCUCGCUGCCUUGUUUGACAAUGUGAGCAGUUUGAAGAGUGUAGGCGGUGGGAUGCUUGCCAAUUUGCUCAACUCAGUUCUCACUUCUGAUGAAGGGAGCGGAUUAGUAGAUGGGAGUGGAGGAUUGAAUGCCAGCACGAUACUGAACGAGGAGGAACCGUGA